AUGUACUUAGGUAUUGGUGGAGGUAUUACAAUAGAUGUCAAACAUGUCUUAGAUUCAGAACCGUUGGAAAGUACCUUUCCGGCUACAGUGUAUCAACAAGGAUCGGAGUUAAUCAUUCAUGUUGCGAAUGCGGCGCAGAUCCCGGAAAGCUCCUCGAUUGAGGCUGAAGGGUGGCUGACUAUAUCAACAAUGCCAUUGUUCGCUUUAUGGUUUCUAUCUCACUCCCUUGUUGUCUUCCAUGCCCUGACCCGUCUGUUGAAUGUCGAGUGGCAUCAACGCCUUGCCGUCGGUGUCAGGCGGAACUUAGCUUCCGCUUUGUUGCGAAAUCGUUCUUGGUCUUUCGAAGCAACUCGGAUCGCCAUGUAUGGUGCUCUCGAGGCCGCAUUUAGUGGCAAGCUUCCGACAUGUUCGGCCGCAGGUGUCAGCGUAUUCCCGAAGUCAUAUCCGGCGUUGCAACGAGAAUGUAAGGAGAGGCAUAUGAUAUCACGACACAUGCCAUGA